AUGCUAUACCGAGAGAAAUCCGAACAGCUAAUGUUGGAACCCACAUGCCAGUCAAUGGAGAAAGUUACAGAAGGUGCAUAUAUUGUAGCACAAAAGUUUGCAACAUUGGUCUUUGGUUACCAUUUUGACAUGGCCAAAACGCGUAUACUAACCCAAGCUGAAAUUGCUAGAUAUAUGAAUAAUUUGGAUGAAUUAAGUGAUUUAAGUGAGAAUGGUCUCGAAUAUUCUGAUGAUAAUGUUGAUUUUUUACAUGAUUGUGUGUCAUCUAAUGAAGAUUCGGAUAGCGACUCAUACUUAUCUAAAGAAGGGAUAUAUUCUUUAGGAACCAUAAAUAGGAACAGAAUUCCUAAUUCCAAAAUUUCUACUGAAAACGUUUUCAAUAAAAUGGAACGAGGACAUUCAAUGGGAUUUGUUGGGAAUUAUAAUGAUGUAGAAAUCUCUGUGACAGCAUGGAAAGACAAUAAAAUUGUAAUAAUGGCCUCAACAUUUGCUGGUGAAAAGCAACUUGGAAAAGUAUCGAGAUAUGACAAGAAAACUAAAGAACGUAUAGAAAUUAUUAGGCCUCACGUCAUCGAAGAGUAUAACAAACAUAUGGGAGGUGUUAAUUUACUCGUUAGCAUAAUAGCUCGACACAAAACAUUAAUGAGAAGCAAGAAAUGGUAUAUGAGAAUUCAUUUGUUUUGA